UAAACAAAUGAGCGAAAGACUACCCACACUUCAAACCUUUCAAAUUUCAGAAAAGGCCGAGAAAACCAUCGCUAUCAAGCAGCGAUUGACGUUCGGAAAUCUCAUCGAUUUCAUUUCCUCCGUGGAUUUAUUUCAACUCAGCCGCUGAUUUUCGGCGUGAAAUCGUCGCCAUUGUUGGUCGUUUGCCAGAAUCGCGUACCGUGCACCGUUUUUUUGGGUUUUUGGUUCGUGGUUUAAUCGCUCGUGUUUUUUGUGAAAGCGAGGAGGAUAGGAUUUGGAAAUGGCGGGGGGUGGGGAGGAAGGUGCGACGCUGGAGUUCACGCCGACGUGGAUUGUCGCGGCGGUGUGCACCGUCAUCGUCGCCAUCUCACUUCUGGCGGAGCGUUUCCUUCACUACACUGGAACGUAUUUGAAGAAGAAGAAUCAGAAGCCACUUUAUGAGGCUUUACAGAAAGUUAAAGAAGAAUUGAUGUUGUUGGGUUUCAUAUCACUUUUGCUGACUGUAUUACAAAGUCGCAUAGUCAAACUAUGCGUGUCUCCCAAUAUUAUGAAUCAUCUGCUCCCGUGUUCGCUGGCUGAUAAAGCUAAUGGUGGAAAACUAUCUCACGGUCAUGAUGCACCUGCGACUGAGCAUCACCGGCGCUUGUUUGCUGAAGCUGAAAAUGGUCUUGGCGAAGGUCAUUGUGGUAAACAGGGUAAGGUUCCACUGUUAACACUUGAAGCAUUACAUCAUCUUCACAUAUUUAUCUUUGUUCUGGCCAUUGUCCAUGUGACCUUUUCGGUUCUCACUAUCGUAUUUGGAGGGGCAAAGAUUGCCCAAUGGAAGAAAUGGGAAGACUCUGCUGCAAAGAAUGAGAAUAAUACCAGAGAAGCUCUUGCCCCGAAGGUCACUCAUGUUCAACAACAUGAGUUCAUCAAGAACCGAUUUUUGGGCAUGGGUAGAGUUUCAGCUUUAUUCAGUUGGGUGCAUUCAUUUUUCAAGCAAUUCUAUGCUUCAGUCACAAAAUCUGAUUAUCUGGCUCUCCGAUUGGGUUUCAUUAUGACACAUUGCCGAAGUAAUCCGAAGUUUAAUUUUCACAAGUACAUGGUACGUGCUUUGGAAGAUGACUUUAAGAUAGUUGUUGGCAUAAGUUGGUAUUUGUGGGCUUUUGUUGUCCUCUUCUUGUUGCUAAAUAUCAACGGCUGGCAUACAUAUUUCUGGAUUGCUUUUCUUCCUUUUUUUCUUCUUCUUGCUGUUGGCACCAAACUCGAGCACGUUAUUAGCCAGUUGGCUCAUGAGGUGGCCGAGAAACACAUAGCCAUUGAGGGCGAACUGGUGGUUACCCCUUCGGAUGAUCACUUUUGGUUUCAUCGACCUCAAGUUGUACUCACUUUGAUCCAUUUUAUCCUCUUCCAAAAUGCAUUCGAGAUAGCAUUUUUCUUCUGGAUAUUGGUGACAUAUGGCAUGGACUCAUGCAUAAUGGGCAGGCUCGGAUAUAUCAUUCCAAGACUUGUUAUAGGCAUCUUCGUUCAGCUACUCUGCAGCUACAGUACAUUGCCGCUCUAUGCUCUUGUUACGCAGAUGGGAACCCAUUUCAAGAAGUCGAUAUUUGAUGAGCAUGUCCAAGUUGGGCUUGCCGGGUGGCGACAGAUGGCGAAGAAGAAUAAAGGCCUGAAGGGCGGUAGUACAGCUGGAUCCUCCCACCCGAACCAGGGCUCCACCGGUGGCUCGACCGGGAUUCAGAUGGUCCCCUCAAAUGGUUCUUAAAAAAAGCAAAAGGUGCAUAUCUGAAAGUGAGAUCAAAACUACUACUUUCGGGGGUUGGGUUUGCAAAAUUAUCAUGCGUUCUUUUGGGUUGGUUGGAUUGACAUCUCAAACAGGUAAUUAACUCAACUUGCUGCUGCUAUUGUUAUUGUUGUUAUUAUUAUUAUUGUUAAUGUGGUUGUCUGUAUUUUAUGUUAGAUGGAUAGAUUGAUUGAUGAUAUGGUAUGAAAUUAAAGAGUAGCAUGUGUGUGUGUGUUUUAUGAGGACUA